AUGCAGGUCGUGGUCUUGGGCCUGUUUUACUCCUACGGCACGCUCUUUGCAGCUCUAAAGGCAGACACGGGUGAUGCAGCGAGUACCCUGGCACUUGUGGGUUCAAUCCGGGACUUCGUCUUUGGCUUGAGCACAGCGCCCGCCGGAUUCCUGGUUCGUCGUGUGGGCUUUGUGCGGAUGCCUGCGAUCGGAGCUGCAAUGCUGCUGCUUGGGAUGCUUCUAGACAGCUACGCCCCUUCCAGCGCCCUACUCUUCUUGUCAACCAGCUUAGUCGGCGGUAUGUCCAUGGCCAUGAUCUUCACACCAGGUGCAACGGUCCUUUAUGGCCAUACCAGCCAGUUAGGUCAAGGCUUUUUGCCUGUGGCCGUGGGGCUAGCUUCCUCGGGCGCAGGGCUUGGCACCAUUCUCGUCAACCUCGGGCUUGACAUGUUGCUCGACACGUUCAGCUGGAGAGAUGCCCUCCGGAUCUGCUGCGGGGCCUUCUGCCCGUUGUUGUUUGGCGCCGUGCUGGCCCUGUGGUGGGGUCUUCGUCAACAGCCAUGCGAUGCUGGGGAUUCAGCUGCCGACUACCAGGAGCUCAAGAGCAACCCUGUCCGAGACUUCUUCCAGCCUUACCGCGACCUGCGGUUCAUCCUGUUCAACAUCGCCUUGCUCUUCUACUUUAUCGGCUUCAUGGUGCCCUACACGCAUCUCGUGUACUUCGCCGAGGUGGAGAAGGGCCUGGAGAUCGCUGGAGAGCUAACUUCACUGCUGGGCGCGGCUGGGACGGCGGCCCGACUUUUCUUCGGCCUUUGCUCCUCUUUCGUACGCCCCUCCAGGCUCUUUCUGUUGAUGUUGCUGGUGCAGGGGGCAUCUCUGAUCUGGCUUCCCUUCUGCACGAAUGCCGCGGAGCUCAAGCUCUUCUCGGCCAUCUAUGGCUUCUCCUCGGGGGGGCGCGUUGUCCUGCUGAGCCUCACGUUGAAUGAGCUCUUCGACCCCGAGAAGGUGGCGCAUCUCUACGGCCUCCUUGGGGUUCCGAUGGCAGUUGGCACUGCUCUUGGACCCACCUUCGUCGGCACGGUCUACGACCUGACCGGCAGCUACGACAAUGCCUUCUUCACUGCAGGGUGCAUCGUGCUCUUGGCCGCCCCGGUAUUUUGCUUCGUUUGCUUUAGGAAAAAGGCCAGCUCUGGGCAGCCUUCAGAUACCUCCGUCGAAGAUCCCGAGAGGACGAAAGAUUGGGAGCAGCCGCCGUCCGAAGCCUCGGCCGCACGGACGGCAAAGUGCAGCCUCUAA